AUGGCGAGUGCCUGUAGUCGCCUGAGCAUGCCUCGGCUGGCGAGCACUGUUUCGUCGCUGCUAGGUGACAGCAACUUGCUGAAAGUGCAUCCCAUUCUCAAGGCUGUCGCGGGCAGGACAGCGCCGAAGAAGGAUGUAGCCGAAGGCAUGGCAGAGGCCCAAGAUGUGGCUGACCUCCUGGGCUUCUCCGCUACAAACUGCCUGGAGAGCUGCUAUGUCCAAGAGUCCCAGGCUUUGAGGCGGGCCGCGCGAGCUGCGCUGGAGGACCUGGUGGAUUUAAGCCUGGAGCUGGAGCCCAUGUGUUCCCCCGUGGCCCCCAGCCUCGAAGCCACGAGCAAUCGCAAUGUAGCGAACGCCGCGGCGCGCCCAGCGGCAAGUGUUGCAACUGAAAGGCUUGUCGAAGCCAUGGACCAGCUGGUGAUUCGCCAUCUAGAGUGCCUGCCAUGUCCAAAUCCAGCAAAGGCAUUGCAGUGUGCCCAGCGUGCCCUAGCGCUUGCUCAGCGAAGUCAGCUGCCCCAUGCAGCCGGCCGAUUUUUAGCCGCGGUCAAGCAGAUUCUGUUGCAAUACCCGGAUGCAGCCGAGGAGCCAAAUAUGCAGAACCCACUUCCCUGCAAGAGAAGACGCUUCGGGAAGGAAUCGCCUGAGCCGCGCAUCUUCGAGAUGCAAGGCAGACGAGCUGAAGGGACGCGCUCAUGUCCGCCAACAACAGCUGAGGCAGAGGCUUCUCUAAUGUUCGCCAAGGUGGACCGAUUGAGUUGCUUACCUGAUGACCUUUUCGAGCAAUAUUCCAUCUCCCGGCGGCCUGUCGUGGCCAAGUGCCCAGAAGGUACGCUUCCUCUCCUCGAUGCCCAACAGCUGGUCGACCUAUGCCAAGGCCGACAGUUGCAGCUGAUGGAGUACGGCCCGGGCCAUGAGGUGUGGGCCAAGAUGGCACAAGUGAAAGACAUCGGAGACCGAAGUUUGGGAGCAGUGGUGCGAGGCUGGACAGAGGGUGGACAGCAGGUUCUCUUUGACCACCCUUUGGAAACCGCCUGCCCAGAGCUGGCGUCAAGGAUACGCUGGCCCAGUUUUCUGGAGUCUUGUGAUUUGAUAGGGCAGUCCCCAUUUGCAGGUGAGCGUGGUCAGGACCCCUUCUGGGACCACCCCAGCUUGUUUGUGCAGCCGAGGGGUUCCCAGUGUGGCGUCCAUGUGGACGGCGCAGAGAGUCAAUUUAUUCAGCUUGUUCUAGGGGGCCGGAAGCGAUGGUCCUUCUGGCCGCUGCAUGUCGCCGACCAGUUCAAGCUCUUGAAGAGAAGGGACAAGCUGCAACUGGAAGUACGGCCCGGCUGCGACUCAGAGCAUUUCCGGCACCAGAUUCGUCAUGAUCAGAUCUUCCCUGAAACGCUGCCUGAAACUUGGCGCGUGGAUGUCGAAGUUGAGGCCGGUGAGAUGAUCCUGGUUCCGGGUGGUGUGCCUCACAUGGUUACAAACUUACAGGAUUGCAUUGCCGUAUCGCGGAACUUCGUGGAUGUGCACCAUGCACGAAGCUGUGCAGAUGCAUUGCGCUGGCCCCUGCCGUACCACGAUCUCGCAGACUUCCUGGAGAAGCAGAGCGUCUCAGAGUACAGCCUCCAAACGGACCAAACGCCAUCUUUCGUUGGAACCGAAAAAAGUCCUUUCUCUUGGCUCUGCAUGUUGUGUGCCUUUGGUGUGCCUUUUGUCGAAUGUGUGGCCCGGCCUCCAAGCGCCGUUCAGGUUCUGCCCAGGUGGUGA